AUACUUUCGAGAAACCGUCUCCAUCUUUACACCAACAUCACUCAAAGACCCUUCCAACCGCAGGAUCUAAGUUCUAAUCCUAUAGAUCGAUCAUUCUCUAUAGACAUCCUUUUAGCACCGAUGAUUUAACUAGGGAUAUCAUAACUUCCCGUCUCUUUGCCAUUCGUUCUCCCCAUUGAGGCCACGUUAGAAAGCAGACGUCGAAGUGGCCUCCAGGCCAUGCCAAUAUGUCAAGAGUCUCGACGCCCUCAUUGCCAUUCUAUAAUGCUUCCGGACCGACAACAAAAAACUCCCGACCCUCAUCUCCUUACCUCCAACCCCCGGAGACGCCCCAGCGGCGUACGACUCCUUCGUCGGUAACAUCUUCAUACUCCCUCCUCUCAUCGCAAGAAACAGCCCGGAAGCUGUCAACAUCGGUCAGCCAUGGCUUGUCCCCUUCGGCCGCCACGGCGAAGCUCCAUACCCACGGGCUCAACGAGCUGCCGCACGAAGAGCCGGAGCCGCUGUGGUUGCGCUUUCUGAAGCAAUUCAAAGAAACGCUGAUACUACUUCUCCUCGGUUCCGCGGCCGUUUCAUUCAUAAUGGGGAAUUUGGAAGACGCCAUAAGCAUCACAGCGGCGGUGACGAUCGUCGUCACAGUGGGCUUUGUACAGGAGUACAGGUCUGAAAAGUCUCUAGAAGCGUUGAAUCAACUGGUGCCACAUUCCGCUCAUAUCAUACGAGGAGGUAUAGAACGAGCCGGUCGAACAGGAAAUGAGGAGGACAGCAACGGAAUUGAACUAGAGGAAUUGAAGGAUACAGCUGCAUCGUUAGCAGCUGCUGAACGGAAUGCUAUAAACAUCUCGGCCACUCUGCUCGUGCCCGGUGAUCUAGUUCUAUUUCACACGGGCGAUCGGAUCCCCGCUGAUAUUCGAAUUACGCAUGCUGCCGACCUUACAAUCGACGAAUCUAAUCUUACCGGAGAGAACGAGCCCGUACCGAAGUCGCCAGAUGUUGUGCAGCCACCCCCUGGAGUUUCGAGACCACAAUCGCCUUUCUAUUCGUCUCCCGCCGCUGGAACUGUUGGAGCAGACAUCCGUCUCAACGACCAAAAGAACAUUGCUUUCAUGGGAACAUUAGUCCGUUCAGGCUACGGUCAAGGGAUCGUCAUCGGAACGGGUGGUAACACCGAAUUUGGAGCCAUUUCGGCAUCGUUGCAAGAAAUCGAAAGCCCCCGCACGCCCUUGCAACUUUCUAUGGACCGACUCGGGAAAGAGCUCAGCUAUAUGUCCUUUGCUGUGAUCGGCUUCAUCAUGAUAGUGGGCUUAUGGCGCGGAUGGGCAUUCCUAGAGAUGUUUCAAAUCGGAGUGUCUCUUGCUGUGGCUGCUAUUCCCGAAGGUCUACCUAUUAUUGUCACUGUAACGCUUGCUCUAGGCGUCCUGAGGAUGUCGAAGCGUGACGCUAUUGUUCGGCGCCUCCCCAGUGUCGAGACGCUUGCAUCAGUUAACGUUGUCUGCAGUGAUAAAACGGGAACUUUGACAACAAAUCAUAUGACAGUCACGAAGAUAUGGCAUUUUGACGAGCCCACACCUGUUGCUGUGUCUGCUAAGCACGAUUCUACGGACCUGGAUUCGCCCACGCGGAAUAUAUUACGUAUUGGAAACAUUGUCAACAACGCCCGCCUUGCAGGUGAUCACGUUAAUACAGCUUCAACUGCGGCAGUUCUUUCUUCGACGAUGGGCGAUGACUCUUCUGCGAUCAAAAGUCGCUGGGUGGGACAACCGACAGAUGUCGCCUUACUUGAUUUGUUGGAUGCGUUUGGUGAAGAGGAUGUCAGGGAAAGAAUUGGAGCGCGCCAUUAUGAAACCCCCUUUAGUUCUGAGCGAAAAUGGAUGGGUGUGGUGAUUCAAGGACAAUCGAACGCAGACCUCGGCACUGGUCAAGAUGCUUCCUACAUCAAAGGAGCAUUGGAAAAAAUUCUGGAUCGUUGCGAUACCUAUGUAACGGCACAGGGAAGAGAAGUCGUCCUUGACAAGAACCGCCGGGCCGAAGCUUUGCAAGCAGCAGACGCUAUGGCACAAGAAGGUCUUCGAGUGCUCGGAUUUGCAAGUGGGACAUCAAAUGCCGAACGAAAGAGGGGUUCAAGUGGGACGGCCUCGCCUGCUCCGCCCACUGACAAUGCCACUGGUGGAACCUCACUCGGCGAAGAUGAGCAUUACCGUGGGUUGGUAUUCGCUGGUCUCGUAGGAAUGAACGAUCCACCCCGUAAAGGCGUGGAGAGAUCUAUCCGGAGGCUAAUGGCGGGCAAAGUCAAAGUCAUUAUGAUCACCGGUGAUGCAGAGACGACUGCUGUUGCCAUUGGAAAGAAAUUGGGCAUGCCCAUUAGCUCAAAUCCAUCGAUGGGUCGCUCGGUCAUUCGCGGCGAUGAAUUGGACCAGAUGAGUGAAGAAGAACUAGCUCAAGCCAUUGCCACGACUUCGAUUUUCGCCAGAACCAGUCCUGAUCAUAAAAUGAAGAUUAUUCGAGCCCUUCAGUCACGCGGGGAUGUGGUGGCCAUGACUGGAGACGGCGUCAACGAUGCGCCUGCGCUCAAGAAGGCCGAUAUUGGCAUCUCUAUGGGCAGACUGGGUACCGACGUCGCUAAAGAGGCUGCGGAUAUGAUCCUCACAGAUGACAACUUUUCCACCAUUCUCAGUGCCAUUGAAGAAGGGAAGGGAAUAUUUUACAAUAUCCAGAAUUUCCUGACCUUCCAGCUCAGCACCAGUGCUGCGGCGCUCAGCUUGGUGCUCCUGAGCACUUUCCUCGGAUUCCAGAACCCCCUCAACGCCAUGCAGAUUCUAUGGAUAAACAUUCUUAUGGACGGUCCUCCUGCACAAUCGCUCGGAGUCGAGCCUGUAGAUCCCGCUGUGAUGGGUCGCCCACCUCGGCCCCGACAGGCUCGAGUUCUCACCCGACAACUUCUCCAGCGCGUGCUUCAAUCCGCGACCAUCAUCAUGAUGGGCACAUUGACGACCUACUACCGCGAGAUGUCCACGGACGGAGAAGUCUCUGCUCGUGACACGACGAUGACGUUCACGUGCUUCGUGCUCUUCGACAUGUUCAACGCGCUCACAUGCCGCUCCGAGACCAAGUCCGUGCUGGCCGGCGAAAUCGGUAUAUUCUCGAACAAGAUGUUCAACUACGCUGUUGCCGGCAGCUUGCUUGGCCAGCUAGCAGUCAUCUACUUCCCACCACUGCAGCACAUCUUCCAGACCGAGGCACUCGGGCUCUUAGAUCUGGUGCACCUACUCGCCGUCGCCAGCUGUGUCUUUUGGGCAGACGAGGCCAGGAAGUUCUACAACAGGUGGAAGAUGGGCCGGAGACUGGUCGGUGUUGGGUACAGUACAAAUGUAUGAUAUCAUUGCGUGUUUGUAUAACAAAAAAAGGGUGGCACCGUCCCUCGUCGCCUUGAAGACGGGAAGCAAGAUGACGACGGAAGGACUGCGGCACAAUACACUUGGGCUUCUUACGGUCUAUACUUGCGUUUUUAUUUUGUUGUAUACAGUUGCGCGAAUAUACCUUUAUAACCUUUCCCUCUGCUG